AUGUAUAGCCCUAUACCAGUAUUGGUUGAACACUAUAUACAGACGUAUUUCGGUUUAGUUGCUUCAUCUAGUCUCGAAUCAAGUGAUUAUGCACAGAAUUCAGAGGUGAACGACAACAGGAUCAAUUCACUGUCAUCUUCAUCCUGGAUUGGUUCUUUAAAUAUUGAUUUUUCUAGUUGUUAUAUUACUGAUGAAAUAUCGCAAAAUUGUACACAUCUUGGUGGAUUAAAGGAGAUAUUUCUUGCCAAAUUGGGUUAUCCUUGGAGUGUAAACUGUGCUGUUCCUAAAUUGGACAUCACAGCUAGAUUUAUAUACCAUCUGCCUUCUUGUUCGUCUCUACAGACUGAUUAUUCAAAUACGAAUCUGUCAAUAUUUUCAUUUGAUCUAUUUCAAGAAUCCCCAUUGGAAUUAUCCUUCAAUUUAGCUACCACUUGGCCAUCAGUACCGAGUCAUGCAAUCACUGAGAAACCAUCAUGGAAAUCUCUAAAACCUGAAGGUGCUCCAGAAUGGCAAUUACAAAUAUGCUCAAGUAGUCAAUUUGUUGAUAGAAUGAGUAAACGGAUUCAACGUCUUUUGGAACAAGAUCUUAUUUUUUCGGAUAAAUCAAGUCAGCCUACUGAUUCCUUAUCAGAUUACAAUCUGUCAAGCGGUUCUGUCCUACAGUUUCUACUAUUUCUUUUUCCAGACGCUGAUUCUGAAGGUUUGUGCAAUAAUGUUCUUCGUAGUGAAUUAACAUCUCCUUUUACAAAUCCUACUUCACAUGAAUUAUUAGUUUGGAAUCGUAAACAAUUAUCAUAUUCAGAUGUACAAAAAUUAGCUGCACAUUUUGGUCUACCGAAUCCAUGCUGUUUAAUUCAUCGCCUAGCUGUAAUAAUUGGCAAUCUUUUUGUCUAUAAGAAUUGUGAUCUCUCUGAAGUCAUUCUGCUCAUCAAAUCAAUGUUCAGUGAAUUCCAUAUUGAAUUAAAACUUCGAUAUGACCGGCUGAUCUGCUUGCCAUCAUUAUCAUUAUAUGAGGAGGUAUAUCGAAAUGUUUUAUCAGAUUCUACGGAAACAACUUCAUCAUUCAUAGAUAGUGAUAGGCCUAAUUUGAUGCCAUGGAAUCAAAGUUCAAUGAUGUCUGCUAGCGAAUUAAAAUUCAAUGAUUGGCCAGUUGAUGUUUGCUAUAGUUUGGAUUAUGUUUUGAACAGAUUUAAUGCAGCAUUGACAAAUUCAACUCCUGAUCCUGAAUCACCUGUAGACAUGGUUUCUAUUGAUUCAAACUCAAAAUAUUAUAAUGCAGAUAUAAAGCAAAAAUUUUUGAAUCCUGAUGGCAGUCUCUCUUGUUCUUCGUGUGAUGCAAAAAUGGAUUCUUGGGAGCAAGUAGCCGCUCAUAUUCGUGGACGUAAACACCAAAGUAAAUCAAAUGUCAACACAAUAGACAGCAAAAAUUUGGAAACCACAAACACAUUACUAGAUGGCGGUGAUUCAAAAAGUAUUUUCUAUCGAUGUGAAAAUUGUGAAGCGAUAGUAUUUAGUUCAGCGAUGCAAGAACAUUUAGAAUCUGAAGAGCAUAAAUUGGAAACUGCCAAAAUCCAUCGAAGCUCAGUAAUACCACAUCCCUUAAGUAAAGAUGGUUUCUAUCAUGUCCUACCACUACGGGAAUAUCGUCGAUCCUGUCAAGAAGUUUUGCGUCCUGUAUGGCCUUCAGUGAAAUUUACUGAUGCAGAGGCUAACCUUUUAAUGGAAGCAGCGAAGAAUGAUGAUGAUUGUAUUUUACUCUCGUCGUCAUCUGAUGGUCGAUCACGUGUUGGUUUACAUUUAACCAAUGCCCUGUUGAUAGCUAAUCGGAAUUUCCCUCCGUCCAAUAUUUUUGGUAGUCCAUUGAAACCAAGUACUAGUACUACUACUACUCCUACUGAUAUUACAUGUGUGCUAUGGAUUGCACCCGAGAAACCAAUGACUACAACUACAAAACGUUCUCAUUCUACGUUUACAUUUCAGCCGGGUGGUGAAAAAAGUCCAUUGAUUUUUGCAUAUCCACCGUUCGAUCCGUCAGUCCUAUCAGAAACUGAUAUCGUGAGAACAAAUUCUGCUCGUGAAGGUGAACAGAAUACAACAUCAAAGAAUAAUAAAAUUCCUUCGCAAAGUGUCAGUAGCAACGAUGAAGAUGAAGAUGGUGAAGCAUUUUUUGACGCCUACGAUGAAAGUCAUUCAUCAUAUCAUGAUGUUGAAAAUUCUCAACAAAACUCCCAAUGGUUGGAUACAUGUUCUAGAAAGGAGGCACUUUCUGAAGCAGAAACAAUACUGAACUGGUUUAAAUCGCGUCCAUUGCAGUAUCAUUUGCAUUCUCUGCUUCCACAUAUUAUUUUGGAGUGUCUACUUACAUUUCAUUCAUUAGUCCCACAUCCUCAAUUGUCAGACUGGUAUUCUUCUUUACUAAGAAAACUUGAUGAAAAAGUGUACGAUUUACUAAGCAUUCGUUCAAUGAAAUCAAUGUCAAGUGAAGAAAAAACUUCGAACGAUAAUAAGUCCAGUUUUCCCUACUCGGUAUUCUGUGAUGUACUAGCACUGAUUUCUCGAUUGUCAACUGAAAUAACAUGUUUAAAUGAAUUAAUUUCGAAUGCGAUAAUUUGUGGCCAUGGUGAUUUGUUAUCAUCAAACUCAUUUCUAGACGCCUUGUGCCAUUUAUCCAGUAAUAUGAAUUUAAAAGAAAAAGACAAUUGUACAUUCGAACCAUACAUAUUCGGUAGUUGGAUUGAUCUGCCUUGGACUAAAGUUUCUACUAAUAUGAUCUUAGCAUUUCUUGAAACUCUAUUUGACAAAUGUGUGCCUGUAACAGAAUUUUUAAAAUACAACUGUCAAGCUGAAUUAGCUGACAGUGAAGUAGGCAAAUUCCAUUUCACCAAUGUACCACAAACGUGGAUACCACCGAAUCGUCCAGUUGACCUAAGACGUCCAGAUAUGGAAGUGUAUAUAUUUUAUACUGAAUUAGGUUAUCCUAAUCCAUUAGUUAGUCGCCUAGGUCCACAACGUCUAUUCAUUGAAUUGGCUUAUGAUAAAAAGACAUCGAGUUAUACACAUUUAAAAAUGGCUGGAAGUUUUAGUCAAGAUACACAAUUCUUUUAA